GCAAGAGGUCUGUGCAUAUACGGUCCUGGUUGUACCCACGACACACCACAAGCUGUGAUCGAAGUACACUGUUUACAACUGACCUAUGUACCAUUGUAUGAGACUGCACACACCAUACGAGACAAACAUGUCGGAUCUCGUGUCAGUGGCUGCGAUCAAGGAUCUUCUGACAGAGUGUCCAAUAUGUAUAGAACACUUUGAUGAGUCAACACGAAUUCCUCGUCGUAUGCCAUGUUGUGUACAGUCAAUAUGUCAGCCCUGUCUGGAAACCUACACCAGAGGUGCUGCAACCCUAUCCUGCCCCAUGUGUCGACGCCGACAUAAUCUGCCUGGAGGGGUGAAAUCUCUGCCAAAAGAGACUCUCAUCCUGAAGACUCUGGACUACCUCAAGAUCCAGAAAGGUCUCCAUCUUCCAUGUACAGAUUGCCCUGACAAGGAAACAGCUGUAGCCCAGUGUGACAACUGUGGAACAUUUUUAUGUUCCCUUUGCUUAAGUGCUCAUAAACGGAAUACGGUAUCAAAGGCCCACACUAUAAAUACCUUUGAUGAAAUGAAGGGCCGACCUGUGCAGAGCUUUCGUCGUCUACAUCAGUGUAGUCAGCACCAACAACCUCUACAGUUCUACUGCUACACUUGUGAUAAGGUUGUCUGUGUGUCCUGCACUGUAGUAGAUCACAAAGAAGGGAAGGGACACAACGUCGUGUCCGUGAAUGAAGCACACCAAGCAAAGGCGAAGACUACAAAUGAUGUUUUAGGAAAGAUGGAGGAGAAGACAAAGAGGCUGUGCGAAACGGAGUCAGCCCUUCAAAAGAAGAUAGAGAACAUCAAAUUGUCAAUGAGGUUAGCACGAGAUGAUAUCAACAAAAUCUUUGACAAUCUGAUCGAGGGGCUGAAUCAAAGAAGAACAAUCCUUCUAUCAGAUGUUGAGGGGAAAUCUACUAAGAAUCUGAAGCUAACAGAGGAGGCCUUGGAUUCGACAAGACUACUGCUGACUAAAGUGAAAUCUUCUUCCGAAUACAUGCGACAGAUGCGCAGCAAAGCUGACAAAGUGGAAGAUCUACAAGUAAUGGGGUCUUCUGAGGCCUCUUUGAAAUCCAUGUUCAAGGAGUCACCAAAGGAAAUACCCUUUGACAGGACUGGAGUAAUUUUUGUUCAAGCAAACGUAAAACAUCUUCAGGAUACUAUCAAGGUGGCAGGAAUGGUCAGAUCAGUUACGUUCUCCCCAACAGAGAGGCCGAAUAGUGUGCCAGAUACUGUAGUAUACAACGCCUUCACACUGGAACCUGCAGAGUUUCCUACAGUGAUGGAGAUGGACCGGAGCAUCUGUGACCAGGAGAUAACAUACAUCAUGUCGGAUCUUGUCUCAGUGGCUGCGAUCAAGGAUCUUCUGACAGAGUGCCCAAUAUGUACAGAACACUUUGAUGACGCAACACGAAUUCCUCGUCGUAUGCCAUGUUGUGUACAGUCUAUAUGUCAGCUCUGUCUGGAAACCUACACUGGAGGUGCUGCAACCCUAUCCUGCCCCAUGUGUCGACACCGACAUAAUCUGCCUGGUGGGGUGAAAUCUCUGCCCAAAGAGACUCUCAUCCUGAAGACUCUGGACUACCUCAAGAUCCAGAAAGGUCUCCAUCUGCCAUGUACAGAUUGCCCUGACAAGGAAACAGCUGUAGCCCAGUGUGACAACUGUGGAACAUUUUUAUGUUCUCUUUGCUUAAGUGCCCAUAAACGGAAUAUGGUAACAAAAGCCCACACUAUAAAUACCUUUGAUGAAAUGAAGGGCCGACCUGUGCAGAGUUUUCGUCGUCUACAUCAGUGUAGUCAGCACCAACAACCUCUACAGUUCUACUGCCACACUUGUGACAAGGUUGUCUGUGUGUCCUGCACUGUAGUGGAUCACAAAGAAGGGAAAGGACACAACGUCGUGUCCGUGGAUGAAGCACACCAAGGAAAGGCGAAGUCCACAAAUGAUGUUUUAGGAAAGAUAGAAGAGAAGACAAAGAGACUGAGCGAAACGGAGUCAGCCCUUCAAAAGAAGAUAGAGAACAUAAAAUUGUCAAUGAGGGUAACCAGAGAUGAUAUCAAUGAAAUCUUUGACAACCUGACUGAUAGGCUGAAUCAAAGAAGAACAAUCCUUCUAUCAGAUGUUGAGGGGAAAUCUGCUGAGAAUCUGAAGCUAACAGAGGAGGCCUUGGAUUCGACAAGACUACUGCUGACUAAAGUGAAAUCUUCUUCUGAAUACAUGCGACAGAUGCGCAGCAAAGCUGACAAGGUGGAAGAUCUACAAGUAAUGGGAUCAUCUGAGGCCUCAUUGAACUACAUGUUGAAGGAGUCACCAAAGGAAAUACCCUUUGACAGGACUGGAGUCACUUUUGUUCAAGCAAACGUAAAACAUCUGCAGGAUACUAUCAAGGUGGCAGGAAUGGUCAGAUCAGUUACGUUCUCCCCAACAAAGAGGCCGAAUGUUGUGCCAGAUACAGCAGCAUACAACGCCAUCAUACUGGAACCUGCAGAGUUCCCUACAGUGAUGGAGAUGGACCGGAGCAUCUGUGACCAGGAAAUAACAUGCCCGACUCUGGAAUGGGACUCAAGCACUGCUAAUAACAAUAUUGACGUGUCUGGAUGUGUAAUCACAAACACCACCCCAGCCGUCCCUUCUCCUGACACAGGAUGUCGGAUACAAAAUAGCAAUUCAUGCCUGGCAUCCAGGCCUUUAAUGGUUAAAAACUGUGAAGGCCAGCGAUGCAUGUGUCGCGUAAAGUUUCGGGUUUGUGUAAAGGAAUUGUUAGAAGAUAAUAAACUUAUACAAGAGAUUGCCCUGACCCCCACCCCUGUAGAUGCUGCGUGGAAUCAUUCCACUGGACUGAGUGUAUAUGUUGGUACUUCCCCCAACCACAAGCAGCAGCUGUGUCUCCGUGUGAGCUAUAAUAACACCCUCCUUUCUGAUCGCCCUCUCAUUCAGAACAAAGUUGGACAGUCUUUUGACCGACAACUGUAUUUUCUAAUGGAUGGAACAAAUGACAAAAUAUUAGUUAUUGAUGCCGGUGAUAACACAGUGUACACCACCGCCACAGAUGUUGCUUUCGACAGACCCAUGUGGGUCAUGAUGUAUGUUGGUUAUCCCGCAACAUCAGAUGUAAGAGGAGAACUGAUUACAGGCCACAACAUCACAGGAACCUUCGCCAACUACAAUCAUUAGACUUUCCACUAUCCACAACAAUCACACACUCUAUGUAACAUGCAAUGUAUACAAGCACAGCUCAGCAAAAUAAUAUGUAUGCCCUUGACACAUUAUCAACCUUUCCUCAAUAUCUUACUAUCUUACUAUCUCAAAGCAUAAAGCGUCAAAGUGGACAGUCGUUAAACGCAGACUAGAAUAACAAAAUUUAUGACUGAAUAUUCUAAUGCUAGCAUAAAAUGCGUCUUACCUUCGAAGAGUGUUAUAUCAUACAAUCAUAUCAAUUCUCAAUUACCGAUCAUCGCAUGCUGACCACGGCAAAUACUAUUUCAAAUCAGCAUCACACUGUUGUGUCGUUGCCGUGGUUCACUAUGAAUGUAUACACACAUGCAGGUAGAACAGUACUAUUGUAGAAUAUAAUAUAAAAAUAUAGAAUUGACCACAACUUUGAAAGUCCUGACACAAAAAAAGUCUUCGUUGAAAUCAUCUGAGGAUCGCCAUAUCACCUCAGUCAACGCGUGGCAACGGAUAAUUCAUGGGAGAUAACUCGUGUAGUACUACUGGGGCACCACCACAUCUCUUUCCCCGCUCCAUAUCGACACACCCUGGCCUGUAAUCAACUCAUUUCAACAGCCCCGUGAUGUUCUUUAUUACCAUGUUUUACUGCAAUUGUAAAUAGCCCGUAUUUAUGUAUUUUAUUUUUUUAUGAUGUACUUUUUCAUCUGAUUUCAUGUUCUCUACUUCGACCAUGUUUAUGACGUUCACAAAGGACUACGUCAUUUAAUGUCAGCGAGAUUGUUAUAUAUAAAGCGAUGUCAGUCAUAUGACGUCAUCUGACUAAGUAAAUCACCCCCAAUGUAAGGGCUGGACUGAAAAUUAUAUUUUCAUAAGGGUUUUUAUUACUCGGGGCACGGGCUGCCCAGUCGUCCAAUGCGCCGUGAUUCGAUGUGUCAUGGACGGGGCAUAGCCAGGUGACCGUGCUUUUGAAUGUUAUACUUGGAUUAAGGUUCUUGGUUCAUGAGCAAUAUUUCCGUGAUUUCAACAUUAAACUGACGCGCUCUUAUUUAACUGAGCUAAUGCUGAAAGGAACUUACACACUCCAACCCAAAUUACUUUGACGACACAAUAAUGAUGGCUGACUUGACCUGGAACAAGAAACACUCUUAAAAUAUGAACGUGUGUUUCCUACCUGUGUGGUUAUGUAGGAUGGGGAUGAGGUUGGGUAAUUUAUGUUUCUAUCGUUGCUUCAAGGUAGGUUGGGGUGAGGGUGAGUAGGAUGUAACCAGUCAAGGCUGGCGAAAAAUAAUCGUGUGUAGAUCAUUGUUUCCACCCUGGAAAUCCAGACUAGGCCUAUUUUGGAAGAUCGCCCGGGGUUGCUUCAAGGUAGGAUGGGGUGAGGCUGAGUUGGGUGGGUUGGGGCUUAAGGUUUGGGGGCUGGGGAUAGAGGUAAGUCGUUUUCAAUGAAACCUUUUCGAUUGAUAUUUUUUAGUGACUGCUUCACCUCUUGCAUAACACCACAGGAAGGAAAUCAUGUGGUAAAAUUUGUGGAAUUAUUAUCCAAAGUUCUUUCCACAGACAUUAAUCAGUAUCAGCUGUAAUAAUUUAUGUUUCUACUGUCUACUGUCAACUACAAUGUAUAACGUGUCUGCCUUGCUUCCUUAAGACAUUGGUAUUUAUAUUUCUUGCAGAAAAUAGAACCCAAGAGCCCCAUUAGUAUCAAUGUUGUAUACUUGCUGUGUAGUCGAACACUACUAGCGUUAAUGCUGCUGUACAUGGCUUGUGUGUGAUACUCUGUGUGGGGAUUGCACCUUAUUGUGAACAUUAAAAUCCAGAUUAAAUCCAGACAAGGCCUGUUUUGUAAGAUUGACCGAUUAAUGUGGACUUUAUUAUUUUAUUAUAUAUUACAUGUACACCGAGUGAACAUUUACCUACAUUUUUGUAUAUAUAUACAUGCCUAUUUGAAUGGGGCUUCUAAAUUGCUUGAAUUUGUGAGAUAAACUUACCCUGUUUUGAAAUUUGAUGUAGUCCAACUGUAGAGGAGAUACUUCUGAUUUGAAUUUGUAACCGAGCGCUUUACACGAACCAAUGAUGACAACCCGAUCUAUGAUGUGGUUCCACAUUAACCAGUUGAUUUACUGGGAAUGAGCCUGCUGGUGCAAUGUGAUUGCCAAUGAAACCGUUAGGUAUUUUAUGACACAAGUGAUUUUUUUACCUGUCAGUUUUAAGAUUUCACGGCAUUCUACGCUACUAUUUGAAUGUGACAGUUGUGGCUUUUACACAGAAGCUCUGUAUCUUUAGUGAGAAAACGCUACAUCCAUCAUGAACUAGUGUCCUGUAUAAACAUUUGUGCCCAUUAGACACAUAAGGUUCAAACAUUCCACUGAGUGCAUCUGCUGAAAUGUCAACAGUCAAGGCUGGUGAAAAAUAAUCGUGUGAAGAUCAUUGUUUCCACCCUGGACAUCCAGACUAGGCCUAUGUUGGGAGAUUGGCCGCUUUUCCUUUCAAGGUAAAUAUUAAUGACUUUAUUGCUCUCAUUUAUACUUUUGUAUAUUAUACUGACAUUGGAUUUUGUACUGCCACUUUAGUGUGUACACCCAUUGUAAUUACUUUGCAGUAAUUUGUACCUAUUUGUAAACUUAGUUAAUUCUAUAUCACAGUUGUUGAUUGUAUAGUAUUUCUUUGCCGUUUCUUGGGUUUCACACUAAAUAUUUUUAUACAUGGAUUUAUGGGUCCUCUUGUUUCAGUUUGGACGUCAACACGUAACAUAAUACAAACCUAUAUUAUUUAAAUAUCUAAAUAUAUCACUUAACAAAUGCAAAGUAUGUGUGAUUUAAUAUUUGUGCCUUCGUUGAUUUGAAUAUUAAUAAAACUAUC